CUUAUUUACCCGUAUUACUGGCGCCGUUCCUGGCUGUAUUAUUUAGUCCUGACAGCAAAGCGCUCAAGGACUUUCCUGGGCGAACUCUCCGUGAAAUAACUGCUUACCCUGGCAAAACACCGUGACACAGCAAGCUCUCCCAGCAUUACCUCUACUGAGCCCAGGAAAGUACUGAUAUGAGAGAAAAGGGCUGUAAUUGUACUUAAAAUAAGAAGUGUGGAUUGUUGAGAAGUGCCCAGGGUACUGUAGCAACCGCUGCCUUGGCUCGGACUGAUCAUUGUGAACAGACAGCGAAAUCUUAUCGCGUGCGCUCAAGGUAGACGGAAAACAACUCCAGCGGCGGAGAGUCAUCCCAUCCCCGUUCGGAUUUACUUUCAUCCGCUCACUUUUCUUGUUUACGUUUAUUAAGAGCCGCCUAUGCUUCUGCGGCUGAGCGCUUGUUUGAUUAUUAUUUGCUUACACGGUCUCAUGCUGCGCAGCUCUUUCAUGUCCGUCUGACUCGUGCUUUUUCCAAGGAUUUCGUCGAUGAACUUGUUGCGGUGAGUCCCCUUUAAACAAACCCUCACGGCCUGUGUUUAACUCAGUUUCUAUGGAGGUUCCGGUCGGUCUGGGGGAGGCUUGCGAGUCACCAGACGCCGUUUUUCACGGACUUUUCCAAAGCGUUUUUCAAAACGUGCGCGUCGCGAGAGCGAACAACCACGAGAGUUUGGACUUUUCUAGCUCCAAGAAGUGCGGCUUCCUGCAGGAGACCGCGUCGAGGGAAAUGCGUUUAAGCAAGCUGUCCCCCGGCAGAGGACUAAUAUACAGCCCCGAGAAAGAGAGCGAAAGUGCGAAUUUAGUGAUGCAGGCGGCGAGCCGUAACGUUAUUCAGUUUCUCAGGAGUUCCACGGGAAGCAAAAGCGACCCGUCUCUGUCAUCUAGCGGCUCGCGCCGCGCAGAUGCCACCGAAAGCAGCGACAGUCGCGCAGGUUUCUCUCGGGGCGCUGAGAGCGGACAGAAGGGCUGCGGUGCGGUUGAAGUUCACACGCGCGAGUUGGGCUCGAGUCGUGACGCAAGUGUGGCGAGCAGAAGUCGCGCGUGCACCAGCACCAGAACCAGCAGCAGCGGCGACGGCGACAGCAGCAGCAAUAGCAUCUCGGAGACAGCGCGAGAGCUGUACAAAGCCGUAUCCGUGUCUUUGGGCUUAGCUAUGGAGUCCAGCGAACUGGGCGAGGUGGGACCGCACCAUGCACCGCCGCCCCUGACCCAUGAAAGUAGCAGUGAAGAAAUCUAUUUGUUCGAAAUGCCUUUGCUCAACUGCUCAGUGAGCGAAAAGGAGGCAGGAAGGAAAGACAGAGAGUACGCUCUCGCGGCGGGACGAGACAGAGGCACAGAGCUGCGUGACAGGGACAAAGUGUUUGGGAUGUUUAAAUGUGACGACCUGGAGCAGCUAGCAGGUGAGGGGACGACCUUGCAGCGCAGCAGCACGUCUCGAUCACACUUAACCGCGGAUGUACAGGAGCUACAUGAGUUCGGCAGCCUGUCCGGGGACACUGCCAACCUGAGUUCAGAAGGUACGGCAGUAACUACAGCACCAGAUAUGGACGCAACGCGAGCGGCUUCGUGCCAGUUUGAACAACUGUUGCCCGCGAGCAUGACCCAUUUCUUGCACCCGGAGCUAGAAAACGGACCGAGCCAGAGCUUCGCGAAGCCCGCGGAGAUGUCCGGUGAGUUUUCGGGCCCCGUGGAGGAUUACGUGAAUCUCUAUAAUGUCAAAAUCAAGGCAGAGAGGAUGCCCCGUGAACUGAAUGACACCUGGGCUUACCCGCAUAGGUACACUGAGGACAGUAACGGCCAGUGCGGGCAUCCCAGUCAGAGGACCACUUACGCAUCUGGGCACGAAACAUCUUUUAUUUGUAAUCCCUAUGAGUGCGGCCGAGGCGAGGCUCUGGUUCAGAGGGAGCGACCUCCACCUGAACAGUGGUACCCCAACGGGAUGCUGAGCCGCCCCCCUUACCCUAACGUGUCCUGCGUGAAAAACGAGAUGGGCAAAUGGGUGGAUGUAACUUCAUUUGCGGAUGGCAGGUUUGAUGGAGGGAGGAGUGACAUUUUCCCAAUGGAUUUUUUUCUUCCUCCACAAAGGAGAUGCCUAAUCUGCUCUGAUGAAGCAUCAGGAUGUCACUAUGGAGCCCUCACUUGUGGAAGCUGCAAAGUGUUCUUUAAGAGAGCUGCUGAGGGGAAGCAGAAGUAUCUCUGCGCUAGCAGGAAUGACUGCACCAUAGAUAAACUGAGGAGGAAGAACUGCCCAUCCUGCCGUCUGAAGAAGUGUUUCGAGGCUGGAAUGACCCUGGGAGCCCGCAAGCUGAGGAAGAUCGGACAGAUGAAAGGUUCGGAGGAGGUCAGCCCCGUUCAGGGCCCAUCAGAGGCAGCCCAGUGCCUGUCGCCCAAGCCAAGCCUGACGUUCCACUCACAGUUGAUCUUCCUGAACAUCCUGGAGGCCAUCGAGCCCGAGGUGGUGAACGCCGGCCAUGAUCACGCUCAGCCUGACUCAGCAGCUGCUCUCCUCACCAGCCUUAACGAGUUGGGAGAGAGGCAACUUGUCAAGGUAGUGAAGUGGGCCAAAGGACUUCCAGGUUUCCGUAACCUGCAUGUGGAUGAUCAGAUGACGGUCAUACAACACACCUGGAUGGGAGUGAUGGUCUUUGCUCUGGGUUGGAGGUCCUACAAGAACGCCAAUGCGCGGAUGCUGUACUUCGCCCCGGACCUGGUCUUCAAUGAUCAUAGGAUGCAUAUCUCCAGCAUGUACGAGCACUGUGUUCAGAUGAAGCACCUCUCGCAGGAGUUUGUGCUGCUGCAGGUCACACAGGAAGAGUUCCUCUGCAUGAAGGCCCUACUUCUUUUCAGCAUCAUUCCAGUGGAGGGGCUGAAGAGUCAGAAGUAUUUUGAUGAGCUGCGUCUGACAUAUAUAAAUGAGCUUGAUCGUGUAAUCAACUACGGCAGGAAGACCAACUGCGCCAUGCGCUUCCAUCAGCUGACCCGAUUGAUGGACUCACUGCAGCCAGUUGUUCGGAAGUUGCACCAGUUCACCUUUGACCUCUUUGUCCAAGCUCGGUCCCUGCCCACAAAGGUCAGCUUUCCCGAAAUGAUUGCAGAAAUAAUCUCGGUCCAGGUGCCAAAGAUCCUCGCCGGCUUGUCUAAACCAAUCCUGUUUCACAAAUGACAAGACUACACCCCUGAACCACUCAUCCAUACCAACCCCACCCAGGCCACAUGAGCCAGUCAGUCUGGUCUGAUCAGGUUUGAUCCAGCCUAAACCAGCCUGUCAUGCUUUUAAUCUGGACUCGAAUCGAGCGAUGGGACUGAACGAUACUGAUUUUUUUGAUUUUCCAUUUUUUAGAAUACCCCCCCCCCCCUCCCUUUCUUUAUCAGUCUCGUCUCUCUCUCCUUUUGAAAAAUGGCCCUGAAAAGUAGCGGGACCAUUACAUCAUUACAGUUGUCUAUCUUCUCCUCAGAGAUCAUUUGAGCUCAUUUUCUCAAACUGACAGCAUGGCGUGAAGCAGGUUUUGUUCUUUCUUUCGACCAGCAGUUAUCCUUCAAGAGCUACAGCUUGUUGCCUGGUGGACAGGUUGGAAAAAAAUAUACAUCACACUGAAGUUUCAUCUUAAUCAAAAAAAAAAAAAAGGACAUUAUGCAGAUCUCUAUCAGAGUCUGUGACCUGCCUCCACUCUAUGCACUGCAGUGUAAGAAGGUUUCAUUUAUUGUCCAUGACUUGAGAGAUCAGGAAAAGCAAAGCAGUAUGAAUAGAGAAAUACAUCCGGACGUGACACAAACGGUGACAGGAUCUUUUCGCUUGUGACUUACUCUUGUGAGAUAGAACAACACACUACUAAAUACAGUAUUGUAGUAUUACAACAGUAUUUCAGUAAUGCAGGCUGGCUAUCACUCUCCUUCCUGCUUUAUUAGUUUAUUGAUUGUAAAACAAGUGCUUCAUUCAUUUCUUAUGAAAUGUAGAGGCUUUUUAAAAGCUUUUAAAAGAGGCAUCAUUCUUUUGGGUCAGACAAUUUGUAACUUUUUCAUUCAAUUGAAAGUCUCUCACAGUUGGGUUUUGCCACUAAGAAUGAAAGAACAGCACAAUAAUAAAAGAAAAGUCAUCAAGAGUUGCCUCCAGACAGCAGACUUUUGUUAAGAUGGGGCUCAAUGCCCUCUUUUGCAAUCUGGAAAUUUAAGUGCAGGUUUUAGAGUAUAUUGUUGACAGUUUGUACAUAAAUACAGCAACUCUUGGGUCAGCAAAGAAGAUCUUCAAAUGUGUACACAUAUAUAUAAAUCUAUGCAUGUGGUCUUAAUAUUCAUCAACAAAAAAACUAAUAAUUGCAUGAUAAAGCCCUAGAUAUUCAAACAAACCAAAUUGUAUUUCCAGUAAGCUAAAUGGAUAUUGUUAGGAAACAGGACUGUUUCCCAUAAGGCUCUUAUGAAGUUGCUCGCUGUCUUUAUCUCUUUCACUGUCCUUAAUGGAAAAUUUGGCAAGGUAAUGUUCUUGUAUAUAUAUCUGUAAAAGUUAAGCGUGGUCCUUUUAAAUCUUUCUAUGUGCUAAUGUAUGGAUGUAGUCAAUAGUUUUACAGUACAGUUUCCUCUUUCCUUUAUAGUAAGUGCCACUGAGGGAUUUGUAUUUCUCGCGCAAAGCAAUAAGCAAUCACAAGCUUAACACACUCUUUUAACGAGCUCUUUUAGAAUACCAAAACAUGCUUCAAAUGGUGCACAGCUUUAAAAAAAAAAAACACACUAAAAAAGAGCAAUGCUUAUGUGCUAACGCUGGACUGUUAUUUUUUCAGAAACUCGUACCAAAUAGUCUAUUACACCAUUAACUGUCGCAAAUCAACGACGAGUGGUGCUAAAGUUCUCCUCUUUAUUAACGAGGAUGCUAACAGGAUGGUAAACCCAAAAAUUAAAAUUCUGUCAUCAUUUACAACAUUUUAAGUUUUUCUAAACCUGUAGUAGGCCUAGUUGUUUUGUUUCUCUCUCUCUCUGUUGAACACACAAGACAUUAGUAAGCAAGCAGCAGUUGCUGGUAGUACGGCGAAAAUACAGUGGAAGUAAUAUUUUCACAAAAUCUUUUGUGUUCAACAGAAGAAAGAAACUAGGCUACUACAGGAUUGGAAAAACUUGAGGGUGAUAACACAAUUUUCGUUUGUUGGUGAACAAUCCCUUUAAACGAGACAAAACAAACAAAAAAAACAA